CUUGUUUCUCUCGCGAGAUCUGACAACACUGCGCGUGAACUGAGCGGGACCAAGAAAAACAAAACGGCGUUUGGUAGGAAAAAACGUUAUUGUGGUUUAUUAUAUUGAUUUUUUUCAUAAACAGCACGUACACGUACAUAUAUGUGUUUUUAAUAUAGUAAACAUCGGUGAUAAUUGUUUGGUUCUGGAGACUUUAGUUCAAGCGCACCUCGUUGCUGCCCGUACUAGCUUAGCUCGCUAGUUAGCUUAGCUUGUUAGCUGCAAACAAAGACAGGCGGAAGUGAUCAAAACACAUCGCUAAGCAGAGAUCAAGUGUGAGUGUAAAGUGUUGUGAUUGUGUGAAAAUGUGCGAAAGAACCAUAGCAGAGUACGAGGAGGAACUUUGUCCAACAAAAGCGACAACAUCGUCUAGUUUUUUUUAGCGCGCUAACUAGCUUAGCAUGCUAGUUAGCUUAGAUUGUUAGCUGCUAACACAGAGAGGCGAAAGUGAUAAAAAAACAUCGCUCAGUUAAGAUCAAAUGUGAGUGUAAAGUGUUGUGAUUGUGUGAAAAUGUGCGAAAGAACGACUGCAGAGUACGAGGAGGAACUUUGUCCAACAAAAGCGACAACAUCGUCUAGUUUUUUUUAGCGCGCUAGUUAGCUUAGCUUGUUAGCUGCUAACAAAGAGAGGCGGAAGUGAUCCAAACACAUGGCUUAGUUAAGAUCAAGUGUGAGUGUAAAUUGUGUGAAAAUGUGCGAAAGAACGACGGCAGAGUACAAAGAGGAACUUUCUGGAACCAAAGUACUGGACGCUGUUGCCAAGAAACAUCAAGUUGUGUCACACAGAACAGACAACCCCCACAUUAAAGAGGAAGAGGAGGAAGUGUGGAUUACUCAGGUGGGGGAUGAUCUCACCAAGUUUCCACUGACUGUUGUCUCUGUGAAGACCGAAGACCAUGAAGACAAACCACCUGAGUCCUCACAGCGUCAUCACAGUCCAAACGUCUGGGAGGAACAUCUUCUCCCUGAGCAGCAAGAGCGGCGCUUCAGAAUGGAGCAGGAGGGUCCACAGCCCUCCCGCAUUAAAGAGGAAGAUGAGGCGCCACAUUCCCUGCGCAUUAAAGAGGAAGACGAGAGCCCGCUGACCCCCCACGUUAAAGAAGAAGAGGAGGCCCCGCAGCCCCCUCCCAUUAAAGACGAAGAGGAGGAACACAGCAUCAGUCAGGAGUUCCCAGUCAUUGUUGUCACUCAACUUGCUGAGCAUUUUGAAGGACUGGAGGAGGUUGAUGUCACCAAGAUGCCAGUGACUGGUGUCCCUGUGAAGAGUGAAGAUGACGAUGAGCAUCUUCCUGAGCAGCAGAAGUGGAGCUUCCGGAUGGCGACGGAGGUGCCACAUCCCUCCCACAUUAAAGAGGAAGAUGAGGCACCACAGACCCUGCACAUUAAAAAGGAAGAGGAGGAACACAGCAUCAGUCAGGAGUUCCCAGUGAUUGUUGUCACUCAACUUGUUGAGCAUUUUGAAGGACUGGAGGAGGUUGAUGUCACCAAGAUGCCAGUGACUGGUGUCCCUGUGACGAGUGAGGAUGACGAUGAGCAUCUUCCUGAGCAGCAGAAGUGGAGCUUCAGGAUGGCGACGGAGGUGCCACAUCCCUCCCACAUUAAGGAGGAAGAUGCGGCGCUACAGACUCUGCACAUUAAAAAGGAAGAGGAGGAACACAGCACAGUGACUGGUGUCCCUGUGAAGAGUGAAGAUGACGAUGAGCAUCUUCCUGAGCAGCAGAAGUGGAGCUUCAGGAUGGCGGCGGAGGUGCCACAUCCCUCCCACAUUAAGGAGGAAGAUGCGGCGCUACAGACCCUGCACAUUAAAAAGGAAGAGGAGGAACAGAGCCCAGUGACUGGUGUCCCUGUGAAGAGUGAAGGUGAUGGGGUCAAAAGUGAAAGUGAGGGGAAGAGAGAGGCGGGUGAUGAAGACUCUAAAGAUGACAAAGCACGCUUCAAAUGUUCUCACUGCGACAAAACCUUUAGGUUCCGUUGCGUUCUAACAACGCACGUGCGAAAACACACCGGAGAAAGACCAUUCGUGUGCUCAGUUUGCAGCGGGAGAUUCUCUACCAAGUCCAGUUUGGAAACGCACAAAACGGUACACACCGGGGAAAAACCUUUCAUCUGUUCAGUCUGCUCUAAGGGUUUCAGACUGAGACAGGACUGGAAAACACACAUGAAGAUACACACCCGGGAGAAAGUGUGGAGUUGCGGUGCGUGCAGUGAAAGAUUCUUUUCCAAGUUCCAGCGGAAGAGACACAAGUGUGCUGGUAAGAACAUCCUCAGUAGGGCGGGCAACGUGGCUCCGAUAUUACCGCGGCCGUGCCAGCCGACCCAGGGUUGCUGCUCCGUAACAGGCUCUGGUGUCCCUGUUCCCAGUGUCCCGACUUUGUACGCAACCGCUGGGCCUCUGAUGCUCUCGGUGUCGGGGGUCAACUCUUACUCUUGCCGGUGAAACAAAAAGCUCCAGUCCACGAGGAGGACCUGAUGUUUUUAAUUUGCUCAACAGCAUCAGCAAGUAACAUUUGUUCAGGACUUUUUCUGUGACAUUCUAACUCCAAAUAACACGCAUGACGUCUUCUCUGCUGGCCUAACAUCACCAGAAUCUUUCGUCAUAAUUAAAGAUACAAGUCUUGUUUUA